AAAUUAGAGUGAGAACAGAGGAGAAAUCUACAAAACCAAAAUCAUAGCGACAUUCAGGGGUUCAAGAAUCGGACUACCCUGCUGAUUUUCAAUAAAUUCUUUCGACGUAAAAAUAAAAUCGGGACUCAAAAUAACUGCAUUCAAGACAUUUUGGGAAAAGUCGCGGAAAGACCGUAUCCGUUUGAAGAAUAGGCGCAGGAACCACGCGAAAUUCUGGCCGUGUUUGAUACCAAAUCAAACCUUGUUCUUCCGUCUGUGCUUUCCCGCCAUCCGAUCUUAUUUUCCGAAGCUAGCGAAAAUCCUACGAGCUUUCGAACAUAGGGCCCGAGCAGAUUCGUAAAUUUGGCACCAGUCCUCUGAAAACGUGCCCCGUCCAAGAUGGCGAUUUGACACGGAAAACCCUGCCGCUUUUGGAGUGUUUUGUGCUCGGCGUGAAUGGCUCAACGAGAUCAGUCAUCAAGCUACUACGAAGUCGAACCCGCAGAACCAUACGUGAUGCCAAUCGAUUCAGACAAGCCAAGAGAACCUGCAUUAAACAAACAAGCAGCUCAAACGCAAAUUCAAGACAAAGCAGACUCUCAAUACGAACCUCUACAUAACGACCACCAGUAUCACUCACUUGCGCUUCAAGACCGAACAAAUACAAACAAUAAAAGCAAAGUAUUAAGUCGGGAAAAUCUCGGAUUUGCUCCGGCUUUUGCCGAGCAACCAUCGGCGAUCAGUCGUCAAAGCCUCGGGAAGGAAACGCAUGGUAAGAACAUAAGAAAAGUGGAAGGCUCGGGAAAUCGAUUUGAAUCGGUCAGGAUACCUGUCAGAUGUCUUAUUAUUACGACAUUAGUAAUUAGUGUCGUAUCUAUGCUGGUUGCGCUUUUGGUCGCUACAGGCACUGUAUCGGGGAGACAGUGUUCGUGUGAAGUCACAGAGUCCAAGGUUCAAGAAAUGCAAGCCAACACCCUCAAACUACAAAGAGAUUUUGAAGAACUUCAAAGAAAUUUCACGAGUCUGGUUUUAUCUGGCUUGAAAGGCGACAAGGGCCCACAAGGGCCUAAAGGCGAUACGGGUAUCACAGGCCCAGAAGGGCCUAAAGGCGAUACGGGUAUCACAGGCCCACAAGGGCCUAAAGGCGAUACGGGUAUCACAGGCCCACAAGGGCCUAAAGGCGACACGGGUAUCACAGGCCCACAAGGGCCUAAAGGCGACACGGGUAACAAAGGUGACCAAGGGGUGCAAGGAUUAAGAGGAUACAAUGGUACACAGGGAGCCAAAGGAGAAGCAGGGACUUCCAACCUCAACGCGUGCGAAUUCAAGAUAGCGACAUAUUCCUCAAGUCCCGGAGUGUCUGGUCAGACGAGUAUCACAGUAACGGAGGCAGCGGACAAGAGGAUCUUUGUUGCUGGCUGCAGCAGUAACAGAGCUGAUGUCGUCCAACAGGGUCCAAAGCAAAUAUCUGGUGGGUUGAAUGUCUUCGUGUGCGUGUGUUAUGGAGAUGCUGAAGGAUACUCUAGCAGAACUGGAAAUCUCGAAUGCCACAUCGCCUACACAGAGUGCCCACGAACAACCCAAGAACUCCUAAACAAACCCCUCGACUUCGCCGCUGACUACGACUGCAUCACCGCUGAAGAAAAAAACAUCAUAACCCACGCCAAGAGCUCUAUCCUAGUUUACAACCAAACACCCUGGCACAAAAAAGGCAACUCGACAUUCGACGUGACAAUGGGAAGCUACGACGGCGCUGAAACAUGCGAACUUGUAGGCAACUUCCUCCUCUCCCAACUCCAAGACCUUAACAUCAACCCUUUCACCAAACCGAACGCCCCACUACAGUACGUCCACCGCGAGAGCAACCACCCACCUACCAUCACAAAGAAUAUCCCUGCCAGUAUCAACAAACGCUUAUCUACACUAUCAUCAGACAAAGAAACCUUCGACCAAGCCGCCCCGCCAUACCAGAAAGCACUCGACGAAAGUGGAUAUAACUACACACUGCACUACGAACCAAACACCACAAGCAAACGCAAGAACCGCCAGCGCAACAACAUCAUCUGGUACAACCCCCCUUUUAGCUCUCGCGUUAUCAAUACAAAACAGCAGCGAUUAUACAAAAUUAUCGGAAUGGAAGAUGGAAAAGCGAAAACGAAUCCAGCUUAUCAGGAGGAGGAUUUCAUUGAUAUGAACGACCUUGAGAAAGUGCUGUCGGACUACACUCGGUCGUACUACGAUGCCGAUCCGAUUCAUGCAAGUUUUCAAAGAAAGUCACCCACUAAAGUCGCAUCUUCGCCUGAAAAGGAAGAAAAUAAUGAUUUGAGUGAAAAUAAGUCUUUGAGUGAUCACCAAGAAACACAAGAGCAAAAGUGGCAUCGAAAUGCCAGUCAUAACAGCACGUCAUGGCAGAACAUAAACAUCCACGAGUCAUUAGCAAAGGAAUUAGCGCGGGAUGAGACGCAAUCGAAUGAGAGGAGGAGGGCGCAAGCGAACAGUGAACAGAAGACGGAUCCGGUAACCAUGUCACGCCAAGAUAGGACGCACCAAGUCCACACAAAGCAUGUCCUAAUGACAGCUAGUGGUUUGGUUAUCAUAGUACCUUGUGAUUCGGAAGCUUUUUCCUUUCUUAUUGAUCUACUAAAGAGAAGUCCUUCAGGGGCAUUUUCAUUUCUUAUCUUGAAGAAAGGGGUUCGAUACAAAAUAAUGGCUCGACGAGAUCAGUCAUCAAGCUACUACGAAGUCGAACCCGCAGAACCAUACGAGAUGCCAAUCGAUUCAGACAAGCCAAGAAAACCUGCAUUAAACAAACAAGCAGCUCAAACGCAAAUUCAAGACAAAGCAGACUCUCAAUACGAACCUCUACAUAACGACCACCAGUAUCACUCACUUGCGCUUCAAGACCGAACAAAUACAAACAAUAAAAGCAAAGUAUUAAGUCGGGAAAAUCUCGGAUUUGCUCCGGCUUUUGCCGAGCAACCAUCGGCGAUCAGUCGUCAAAGCCUCGAGAAGGAAACGCAUGGUAAGAACAUAAGAAAAGUGGAAGGCUCGGGAAGUCGAUUUGAAUCGGUCAGGAAACCUGUCAGAUGUCUUAUUAUUACGACAUUAGUAAUCAGUGUCGUAUCUAUGCUGGUUGCGCUUUUGGUCGCUACAGGCACUGUAUCGGGGAGACAGUGUUCGUGUGAAGUCACAGAGUCCAAGGUUCAAGAAAUGCAAGCCAACACCCUCAAACUACAAAGAGAUUUUGAAGAACUUCAAAGAAAUUUCACGAGUCUGGUUUUAUCUGGCUUGAAAGGCGACAAGGGCCCACAAGGGCCUAAAGGCGAUACGGGUAUCACAGGCCCACAAGGGCCUAAAGGCGAUACGGGUAUCACAGGCCCAGAAGGGCCUAAAGGCGAUACGGGUAUCACAGGCCCAGAAGGGCCUAAAGGCGAUACGGGUAUCACAGGCCCACAAGGGCCUAAAGGCGAUACGGGUAUCACAGGCCCACAAGGGCCUAAAGGCGACACGGGUAUCACAGGCCCACAAGGGCCUAAAGGCGAUACGGGUAUCACAGGCCCAGAAGGGCCUAAAGGCGAUACGGGUAUCACAGGCCCAGAAGGGCCUAAAGGCGAUACGGGUAUCACAGGCCCACAAGGGCCUAAAGGCGAUACGGGUAUCACAGGCCCACAAGGGCCUAAAGGCGACACGGGUAUCACAGGCCCACAAGGGCCUAAAGGCGACACGGGUAACAAAGGUGACCAAGGGGUGCAAGGAUUAAGAGGAUACAAUGGUACACAGGGAGCCAAAGGAGAAGCAGGGACUUCCAACCUCAACGCGUGCGAAUUCAAGAUAGCGACAUAUUCCUCAAGUCCCGGAGUGUCUGGUCAGACGAGUAUCACAGUAACGGAGGCAGCGGACAAGAGGAUCUUUGUUGCUGGCUGCAGCAGUAACAGAGCUGAUGUCGUCCAACAGGGUCCAAAGCAAAUAUCUGGUGGGUUGAAUGUCUUCGUGUGCGUGUGUUAUGGAGAUGCUGAAGGAUACUCUAGCAGAACUGGAAAUCUCGAAUGCCACAUCGCCUACACAGAGUGCCCACGAACAACGCCAUAAGGAUGACAAAGACAUUUGUUAUGCAUCCACUAAGUGCUGUUGGUAGCCCCACUUACUUUAUUGAUUAAAUUCAGCUGACAUACUUCCAUUGAAUAUGCCAUUCCAGGUAUAAGUUUGCGCGCGCAUAACCAUAGAAACCUACCUCAACUACCAGAAUGCAGCGCGCGCUUUUUUAAGCUUACAUCAAACGAAGCACGCGCUGCAUGCCGGUAGUUGAGGUACGUUCCCAUGGUGAGUGCGCGCGCAUGCUUUAAAGGCGCGUAACCAGGAUCGGCUGAGGGGGCCUGCGCCGUCAAAGGUAUUAUAAGGAAAAAGCACAGUAUGUGAAUAUUCCUUUAUAAGGAAUGACCCUUUUUUGGUCGCAUAGGGGGGAUACGCGAGAAACCCACCCUGUGUAUGGGCCUGAAUUAUUUUACGUUUUUUGAGACAUGAAAGUAACACGAACUUUGCACAACACUAUCACAUACCAUCAUAAGAAGUGUAGCUUCUUUAUAAAAGUGCGUAAAUGUAUAGUCAAUGUUAGUCAAUACUCAAGAAUAUAAAAUAAUAAUCUAGAAUAUAAAAUAAUAAAUAAAACUGUUUAUAAUUUUUUAUUGAUUCUCAAAUGAAAAAAACUCCUACCAGACGACAAAAUUUUUGAGUGAUACGGAACUAUACCCGCUGCUACGGAACUACUCCCACUAUGUGCAAACAGAAAACAACAUAUAAAUCAAUAAAAUUUUAAAAUGUGUA